GAAUUCCUGAACGGACAUUAAUUCCGCAAAAAACUCAUUUUUUCAAGUUCAUUUGUUCAUUCUUUGAAACCUAGUGGAGUAUGUAUAUACUCUUUUCGUCCCAAAAUAAAUUUCAUAUCUUUCGUUUUUCUGUCGUCCUAAUCUAAACUUCAAUCUCCCUCGUAUGAUCAGGUCACGCAUUCCUCAGUUUAUUAAUCUACUUACAAGAGUUUAAUUUGGGAAGGAGGCAGCACGGAGUAAUAUAUAAAGAGAUUUGGUGUACAGGUAUUGAAUAGAGUUACAGUCUUACAGAUGAUGAGGAACUAAUUAGAGAUGGGCAUGGCCAAGGCAUGGAGGCAUGGCGGUGGCGCGUUGAGUAACCUGACUGCUGGGGGGGCUGCGCAACACCGGCAAAAGCAGCAUUGGUUUGGCCCCUGCACAUCUUCAUCGAGGCGGUCAAUCUCGUGGACGGCCGUAUGCGGUGUGAUACUCUUCGCCUUGGGGUUAAUCUCUCUCUUCACUGGCCAUGUCGCGACUAAUCUCGACUGGUACUCUCAGCACUCAUGGUUCUUCCCGCGGGAAAGGAGUAUUCGUGCACCUAUAGAUAUUUGGGAUUCAAAAUAUUCGAAAUUUUACUAUGGAUGCAGUGAAAGAGGCCCAAGUUUUUCUAGCCCGGUUUCUGAGCGAUCUUCAAAUGGGUACCUACUCAUUGCAACUAGUGGAGGGCUAAACCAACAAAGGACUGGAAUAACUGAUGCAGUUGUAGUUGCAAGGAUACUGAAUGCAACUUUAGUUGUACCUGAGUUAGAUCACCAUUCAUUUUGGAAAGAUGAUAGUGAUUUUGUCAACAUAUUCGAUGUGAACUGGUUCAUCUAUUACCUGACCAAAGAUGUAACUAUUGUCAAGCGAGUCCCAGAGAAGGUUAUGAGAUCAAUGGAAAAACCCCCAUAUACAAUGCGUGUUCCUAGAAAGUCAGAGCCAGAAUACUAUUUGGACCAAGUUUUACCUAUACUGUUACGAAGACGUGUUCUUCAGCUGACAAAGUUUGAUUAUCGCCUUACCAAUGAAUUGGAUGUAGAACUACAGAGGCUGCGUUGUCGAGUGAAUUAUCAUGCCUUAAGAUUUACUAAACCCAUAAGAAGUAUGGGUCAAAAACUCGUGUUUCGUAUGCAGAAUAUGGCAAAACGUUUUAUUGCUGUUCAUUUGAGGUUU